AUGAUCAUGUGUCUUUCCUGUUGUUUACAGAUUGAUGGUUUCAUUUUUUUAAAUAUUGUUUUACUGUAUAUAUUGUGUACAUUGAUAUUUAUUAAAAGUAGUUUGUUUUUAACUGCCACUCCUUGUUAGUGCAGAAUGUAUGAAAUUUGAGAGAGGGCCAGCCCACUCCCUUGAGUGAGAUGAAUUCUGGCAUUUUGUGAAACUCAAUUCUGAUUGGUCACAAAUCCUGUGAUGUCGGGGCUCAACCCAUUCCAUCUUGACUGAGAGAAGUGUUUGGAGAUUUCUAAGUCUUUUUUUUUCUGUAGCUUUCCCAAGCUCUGCAUUCCAACUAAAAGCUUCUCUGUAGCUGUUCCCUUUCGCCCACCAUGAGUUGUCCCUUGGUAAGCUUGCUCCUUGUUGGACUGCUUCACCAGACCACGAUGGCAGUCCGAAUGGACAAACUAGCAGAUCGCAAGAUGUGCGGAGAUGCAGAAUGUUCAUAUGUUCUUUCAAUGGCCACAGCUGUGGAUGACUUCAUAGCUCCUGACUGCAGAUUCAUCAACAUUAAAAAGGGUCAGAUGGUUUAUGUGUAUUCUAAACUCAUACCACCAGAUGGCGCUGGAGUAUUCUGGUAUGGAAGUGUGUACAGUGAGCGGUAUGUGGACCAGAUGGGUAGAACGGGAUAUUUCCCUGCAACUGUGGUGAAAGAGACCAGGACGUUUACAGACAACACAGUUUGGAAGCAGACCACUGAUAUGGACUUCUAUUGUGAUUAGUGGACAAGAGACUGAAUAUUUUUUAGUUUCCCUUUCAUUAUCCUGUUUUUUUUUUAUAAAGAGCAUUCAUCUCUGUCAAAUUCAUACAUCAUGUAUAAAAAUAAUGUGAUGCAUUGCGUUUAGGAAGACAAUUUCAGAUUCUUCUCUCUUUGUAACACUUCUUUCUACCUUUGCUGUUUACAUAAAAUUUUAAGUUCAAGUGAUUUUUUUAAAUAAGAAAAAAUAUAUGUAACUUCAAAUGAAAAACAAUAAAGGAACAGAUUUCUUUUCUGUGAUGGGAAUUGGGUAAUUUUCUAUUUCUGUCAGAGUGUAGAUAUAUUAUAAAAUUCAAAAUGCCAUAAUUAGCAUUAGCCAUAAUUAGUAGUCUUCAUUCUGAAUAAAUCAGAUUCUUUUCUUUUA